AUGAGGGCCCAUCUUUGUGCCUGUAGUUGUGCCCAUGGUUUGGAGGAAGUGCUGAAUGUUGGAAGUGAAGUUGUUGGUGAGGAUGAAGUGGAUAAUUUUUGGAACAUGUUGCAAAUCUUAGUGUACUCCAUGUUCUUGAAGAUAAUCAUUGGAGAAACUGCAGUGUUUUGUCUACAGUUAGCAACAAAAGAUUUUGAAAACCAAGAAAAAACAAUAUUAACUGGAGACUGUUGUUAUAUAAAUCCACUGGUGCGCAGAACCUUCAGAUUCCUUGGCAUUUAUGCAUUUGGACUGUUUGCAACAGAUAUCUUCGUAAAUGCUGGACAAGUAGUAACAGGGAAUCUUGCCCCACAUUUUCUUGCACUUUGUAAGCCCAACUAUACAGCACUUGGAUGUAAACAGUACACACAAUUCGUCAGUGGUGCACAUGCCUGUACUGGAAACCCAGAUCUUAUAAUGAAAGCCAGAAAAACAUUUCCAUCCAAAGAAGCAGCUCUAAGUGUAUAUGCAGCAAUGUAUCUGGCCAUGUAUAUUACCAACACAGUAAAAGCCAGAGGAACAAGACUUGCAAAACCUGUUCUGUGUUUGGGCUUAAUAUGUCUGGCCUUUCUUACUGGAAUCAACAGAGUAGCAGAGUAUCGAAAUCACUGGUCAGAUGUGAUAGCAGGAUUUCUAAUUGGAAUAUCUAUAGCAGUUUUUUUGGUUGUAUGUGUGGUAAAUAACUUUAGAGGAAGACAAUCGGAACAUGAACAUUCACAUAUGGACAGUCUGGCUCAGAUGCCAAUGAUCAGCAUUCCUCGAGUAGAAAGUCCUUUAGAAAAGGUGUUACAGAACCAAGGUAUUGAUAAUAAUCAGGAGGACCCUUUACAACAAAACUCCUUCAAAGAACACCUCAUUAGGUUCUUCUCCUGGAUAACAGGAAUGAACUGUUUUGAACGUCUUCGCAUAAGGCAAUAA